CGUCGCCCUGUUUGCCAUGCACUUACUUGUGUUUAGUAAUGCCGGCGAUGUUGUUGUGUUAUAAAGGCACAUCUUCAUCCUGGGACAUAUCAAACAAAGACCAAAGAAAUAACCACAUCCAACCCAGAUCCUGCCUGAGCUGAUAGCAAGCUUCUCCCGCCUCCCAGCUGAAUCCCGGCUCAAGUUCAAGCUCCCCCGCACACUGACGACACCCAGCAUCAUUGGUGCACAGCGCCAGUGCUGCCAGCGCUACCAAACGCCAAUACCACGACCACCCACCCAACUAGCUCCGCCACCUCGGCCGCACAUCCAUCCCACGUCACCAUGACCACCACUGGUGUUUUCCGCCACAUCGACAACACCAAGCUGACUGGUAAGGCCUGGAGCAAGGUCGACGCCUACCAGCCCGCGUACGACGAGACGGAGCGCAGGCGACCCGUCCACGACCUGCGCGUCGCCGGCCUCGACAACUUCACCACCGACAACUGCGGUUUCGCCGUCCACAACUGGCCCGCCACCGAGAAGGAAUUUACCGACGACCGCGCCGUUCGAGAGGGCUACUACGCCGAGGUCGAGGCCCUCCUGCGGGCCAAGCUGCCCGGCAUCAAGAAGGUUGUCAUCUUUGACCACACCAUUCGCCGCCGCCUCCCAGACAGCCCCCGAAAGCCCAUCCAGCAGGUCCACGUCGACCAGACCCCCGGGGCAGCCGAGGCCCGAGUGCGGCGGCACACUGCCGACCCCGCCGAGGCGGAGGAGCUGAUAAAUGGUAGAUUUCAGAUAAUCAACGUGUGGAGGCCAAUUGGGCACCCAGCGGCCGACUUCCCACUGGCCGUGGUCGACUGGCGCACCAUCAAACCCUCAGACCUCGUCGCCACCGAUCUGCUAUACCCCAUACGCCCGCCCGACGACGACGGUGACAACCGCGGCAAGGAGGUGGCGCCCGAACCUGGUACGCAUAAAUCGGCCGAGGGUUACGUGGUGGGGGGCGAGACGUUUGCCGUCGCUCCUAGUGACGCGCACAAGUUCUACUACGUGAAGGACAUGACGCCCGACGAGGCCAUGUUCCUCAAGUGCUUCGACUCAAGGAGCCAGGAGCGGCCGGGCGGGAUCCAGGGCCUCGCUGGGAUGACGCCGCACACAGCCUUCGUGGACCCGGCCACCCCGGCCGACGCCAAGGGCCGACAGAGCAUCGAGGUGCGAUGCUUGGUAUUCUAUGAUUAGCGGCGGGCAGAGGCUUGGCCAGGAUGAUCGGUUGAUGAAUUGAAUGAUUUGUGGUUAGUGACGCAUCUCGCGUGCAUGCAAUACUCGGGAUAUACGGCUAGAAAAAUGAUAAUAUUUCAUGUGUUCAUCUCG